AUGGGUCAGGAGGUGGUGGCGUUGGUGGGCACAGAAGCGCCAGCGGCGGGGAUGGGGGGACCGCCACCGACUUCUUUGGCGCCUGGGUUUAGGUUUCAUCCUACAGAUGAGGAGUUGGUGAGGUACUAUCUGAGGAGGAAGGCCUGUGGAAAGCCCUUUCGGUUUCAAGCUGUUACUGAAAUUGAUGUCUACAAAUCUGAGCCCUGGGAGCUAGCUGAUUAUUCAUCGCUGAAAACGAGAGAUCAAGAAUGGUACUUUUUCAGUCCUGUGGAUAGGAAGUAUGGCAAUGGGUCUCGGCUAAAUCGUGCAACUGGCAAAGGGUAUUGGAAGGCAACCGGGAAGGAUCGGUCUGUGCUUCACAGAAACCAGACUAUUGGAAUGAAGAAAACUCUUGUUUUCCAUAGUGGGCGAGCUCCUGAUGGAAAGAGGACGAACUGGGUAAUGCAUGAGUAUAGGCUUUGCGACAUAGAAUUGGGAAGGGUUGGAGUUGCACAGGAUGCAUUUGUGCUCUGUAGAAUCUUUCAGAAGAGUGGUUUAGGACCACCCAAUGGGGACCGGUAUGCACCUUUUGUCGAGGAGGAAUGGGAUGAUGAUGCAGCCCUUGUGGUUCCUGGCGAAGAGGCUGAAGACAAUAUGGCCAAUGGUGAUGAAGCAAGAAUUGAGGGCAAUGACCUUGACCAGGAUAACCGUCCUCACAGCAUGGACUUGGUGCAAAAUCUUCUGUUUCUUUGCAAGAGGGAGAGAUCAGAAGAUCCUGAACACCUUUGUUUAGCUCAAAAUAAAAGAUCAAAGCAUGAUGACGUUCCCAACUCCAGCCAUGCAAAUGGAUCGGAAGAUUCAACUACAACAAGCCAGGAUCCCAAAACAAUGAUGAUGACGACACUUUCUUCCCCUGCACUUCUGGAAUUUCCUUUAUUAGAACCGGUCGAACCCAAAGAAAACCAAAACAACCCACCUACAUUUGACUCUUCAAACCUGGAGAAAUCUGUGCCCCCUGGGUAUCUGAAAUUUAUCGGCAACUUGGAGAAUGAAAUCCUGAAUGUCUCCAUGGAGAGGGAGACUUUGAAGAUCGAAGUGAUGAGGGCUCAAGCUAUGUUCAACGUUCUCCAAUCACGCAUUGAAAUGUUGGCCAAAGAAAACGAGGAGCUAAGGCAUCAUGUCCGGAAAGGGUAA